AUAUUUUCCCCAGAGGAGGAGACGUCAGCUAUGAAGGAGAUGAUUACACUCAUAGUUUUACAUUUCAAUCAUCAAUUCCAUUUGGAUCUGUGAAGUAUCCGCAUUUGUAUGCCUGCUCGAACGGUUUUGUGUCUACAUACUCUGACACAACAUACACUCCAAAUAACUACUCAUACUUAGAGCUAGCGCCCUUCUGGACAGAUUUAGAGCAACGUAAGGACGAAGAGUCAGCGAUGUAUGUAACAAUGUACAGACAUACAGUUCCUGAUAAUAUUGAUACACUGAAAAAGGCAACAGUGCUGGUUCUUCUACAUUCUAGCAAUCCACAUUUCUCAGCUAAAGAAGUCAUGGUAGUUACUUGGUGGAAUUCAAGGUUUUACCAAGCUCCUCAUUCAACAACGAAUCGAGUCUCCAUACAAUGCGUAAUUAUGACUGAUUAUAUUACGUCAUAUGCAUUGUUUAACUAUAUCAAAGUUGAUUUGAGCGAUACACACGGGCAUCAGAUUUAUACUGGAUGGAGUUCCAACAUCAAAAACGUUACAUUGUCAUAUUCUUUAACAGACAAUGCCAUGAAAAUGAGUAAUUUCCAAGGAAAUACAGGUGAAAAUGGUAUCUGGUUCUAUGAAAUUGCUGGAAAUGCGUAUGAAGCGUGUCAUUCGAACCCAUGUGGAUCGAGAGGAACGUGCACAGCAACAUAUGGCGGAUACACGUGCACGUGCCAUUCAGGUUAUUCGGGUACAAAUUGUGGAUCAGAUAUCAAUGAAUGUAUAGCCACUGUCCCUGUGUGUAAGCACGGGACUUGCAGUAAUAAUGUUGGGUCAUAUUUGUGUACAUGUGACCAAGGGUGGACAGGUCAAAACUGCGAGCAUGAUAUAAAUGAAUGUGUGACAUACUCUCCAGCAUGCCAUAAUGGUGGCAGAUGUAGAAACCAAGAUGGCUCUUUUUCGUGUCUUUGUACAACAGGCUGGGCGGGAAAUAGAUGUGAAACUGACAUAAACGAAUGCUCAAUGGGUACAUCAAAUUGUUACCAUGGAAGUUGUGUAAAUACCAAUGGAUCCUACAGAUGUACCUGUGACCAUGGAUGGUCAGGUCAUUUGUGUGACGUAGAUGUGAACGAAUGCAUCAACCAUCCAUGUCAUAAUAGUGGCACGUGCAGCAAUACAAUUGGUUCUUACACGUGUUCGUGUUCUCAGGGUUGGAUGGGACAACUUUGUGACCAAGAUGUAGAUGAAUGUCAACAUACUCCUUGUGUUCAUGGACGUUGUACCAAUACACAGGGGUCCUAUCAAUGCAACUGUUCCUCGGGGUACACCGGUCACAACUGUGAGAGAGAUAUAAAUGAAUGCCUCACAUAUUCCACUGCCUGUUACAAUGGUGGAUCUUGCACAAAUUUGGAUGGGACAUUCCAUUGCACAUGCUCAGCAGGAUGGACAGGUCAACGAUGUGACCAAGAUGUAAAUGAAUGCAAUGCUGCAUUAUCGCCAUGUAACAAUGGAGGAAGUUGCUAUAAUACACAAGGUUCCUUUGGAUGUUCAUGCACUGCAGGAUGGAGUGGAGCAUUAUGUGAAAACGACGUCGAUGAAUGUACAUCUAAUCCAUGUAUGCAUGGUGCAACCUGUACAAAUACAGUUGGGUCAUAUAGGUGCAGCUGUUCUUCAGGAUGGUCAGGACAUAUCUGCAAUCAAGAUGUGAAUGAGUGCAGUGGUAACCCUACGCCUUGCCAACAUGGCGGAAAUUGUACAAACAGUGUAGGCUCCUUCACUUGUCACUGCCCUUACGGUUGGAGUGGCAAUACUUGUAACAAAGAUGUUGAUGAAUGUUCCACCCACACACCUUGCAUUAUGGGACAGUGUAUAAACACGGCAGGUUCCUAUCGCUGCCAUUGUAACCCGGGCUUUACCGAGACCCACUGUAAUAAAGAUAUUAAUGAAUGCUUUCAGCAUCCUUGCAAACAUAACGGUGUUUGUGUCAAUACGAUAUCAUCCUUCAUGUGCAAAUGUGAAGGUCCUUGGGUUGGAAGUACAUGUGAUAUAGAUUCUCGUCUACUCGGUUGA